AUGCAAGAUUACAGCGAAGUAUCACUUCUGUUUCGAGACUUUUUGGAUCAACAAGCAACAACAAGCAUAAUGACAAUAUGUGUUCAGAUGUGUGCACAAUAUGAAAAUGUUUUUCAACUUUCUAAUGGCAUUUUGAUGUUGCGUAAUUCUUCUAUUAAAUGGCCACCAUUCAUACAGGCUGGUUUUAAUUCAAAAAGUAUAAGAGAAGCAGAGAUGUUUUUUGGUAUACCUGAAUAUGAAGCUUUUUGUCGACUUGUUUCGUACAAUAUACCAAUAUAUUCAACACAUCAAGUGCUGAUUGAUAUUUUAAAAAAUAGUAACUUAUUGAUACCAAGACAGCUCCAUGAUCUAGAAUUACAAAUAUUCAAUAUUGGCUCAUUGUCAAGUCAUACACCUAAAUAUGUUAAAUCCUUUGAUCAAUUUAUGAACAAUUUUAAUAAACUUUUUUUUCUAUGGGUAUGUGGAUUGCUAAUUAAUUUACGCUUGUUUCUUAAUCAAACAGUUGAAAAUCUUCUUCAACAAACACAAUUUAUCGAUCUUCAAUUCAUUUUUAUUAAAUGCAAUUAUUCACCUGAUGAAUUGUUGACAAAUCUCGAUAUUGAUGUUGCACAGUUCUCAUUUAAUGGCGAAAGUUUAGUCGGUACAAUGGCAGCCAUACAAGCUAUACGAACAUUAACUUUUAUCAACUAUGCUCUUAAUAAUGAUGAUAAGGACUAUGCACCUGUUGCUAUUCGAAUUGGCAAAUAUGUAAAGCGUGGCUUUACAUUUUUAAAACCAAUUCAUUUCAAUUUUCAACGAUUCGAAGCAUCACCGACCCAUAUCAGCAAUCAAUACAUUAGAUCUCAUAUACUUCUUUCGUAG